CUGUUCUGAAAUCAUGAAUUUUGAAAUGGUAAUUCUGAGAAGAAAUUUGAACAUUAAAUUCAAUAUAACAUUAUAUGUUGUCAUUAGCUAGCUGUUGGGUACGUGCACUUGACCCGCUUUCGUAAUUUAGCGCGUUAUGUUCUCCAUGAACGUGCUGCGGAGAAACUUGCUAUCGUAUAUUUACUGGAUUGGUAAGAUAAGCACUUGGAAAGGAAAACCGGCGUGAGGGUUCCAUCGUUUUAUUUUCCGUACAUACAUAAUGUAAUCAAUCGUACUCACAUUUCAGUGAUUUCUUUAUACUUUCCAACCAUGAAGAGUACAUACAAUAAUUAUAUAACAUAUCUAGAGAAAAGUUCAUAGCGGCGAGAAACAAAACUAAAAUUUAAAUGAUCGUUGAUAACGUGUGAACGUGUUGCCUGUGGAGUCUUCGUUUAGGCGCCAGCACUAUCUGCAUACAUUCGAGAAAUCAUUCUAGUUGGAAUUUCAAUAAAAAGACACACCGAAAAUGAUAGACUUGCGAAAUGAAACUGAUAAAAAUCUGAAGAAUAAUAAGAAGUACGAUGAUUUAAACAUACCAGUUAAAUCUCAACAAGGAUUAACACAACUCAGUCCAUACUUGAACUUUGAUCCUGCAUAUGUGUCACCUAGUCAACCUGAAUAUAUAUUCCCAGAGGGUGCUGCAAAACAAAGAGGUCGAUUUGAACUAGCAUUUAGUCAAAUUGGAGCAGCAUGCAUAAUAGGAGCUAGUAUUGGGGGUGCGACUGGCUUGUACAAAGGUAUUAAAGCAACUUCAUUGGCUGGUCAAACUGGUAAACUUAGGAGAACUCAAUUAAUUAAUUAUGUGAUGAAGAGUGGUUCAUCGUUAGCUAAUACAUUUGGGAUAGUAUCUGUGAUGUACAGUGGUUUCGGUGUACUGUUGUCAUGGGCAAGGGGUACAGACGAUUCUUUAAAUACUUUAACGGCAGCAAUGUCAACGGGUAUGCUGUAUAAAUCAACGGCUGGGCCAAGAAAAUGCUUAAUGGGCGGUUGCAUCGGAUUAGGAUUAGCAUCCCUGUAUUGUUUAUGGAGCAAUCGAGAUACCUUGUUGGAAUUAAGGCAUCGCAGCAUUAAUCCAGCGUAAGACUGUCAAAAUGAGAUUUACCCAUAAUUUGAAAUUAUUAAAAAUUUACAACGAAUUCAACUUGAUUUGAACAUAGAACGGAACACCUCGAAUAAUACUGAAAGAUAACCACUUCGAGUUUAUUUAAACGCAGGAGGAGUCUGUAAUUAAAAUAAAGAAAAUUGUGCAAGUCAAA